ACUUAAUUAUCAUUACAGCUAACUGCCUCGAAUGAAGUAGUUUGCCAAUGCCUUGUAACGAUGCUAUAGUAACUGUUCGUACAGUUAUUACAACGGUUUAAUUUCAUUUAUUGGGCACAUUUGAACGAUAAGUUUGUUCCACAUUUAAUUCUUGUAUCAUCUUUGGCGCCUCUGGUUAUGGUUUGAGAUAGCCUUAGAAUUUCGUAAGCGAUUAUUUCAGGUUAUGUGUAUCAGAACCAAACACUUGUUAUUUUCAGUGAGCUUGUGUUUCCGCAUUGCGAGCAGGAGGUGACUAGUGCUUAGACAAACAUAUUAGUGCACAUUACGUACGUGUUCUGUUCGGCAAUUACGAAAAAUACCAGAUCGACGUGUGGUGGAUUAGGAGAGCACUCAUGGACUCCAAGGGAACUAGUUGGCUGAAAAAAGGGAAGAAUGAAGUAUAUGCUGAACCAGGCUCCUUGGUUCAGUUACGCACAUCCACCAUGAAAGUAAAAGAAGAAUUGGAUGAGCAAGUGAACCAACAGUUUCUUCAAGAUCCACCAAGGAUUGUAAUGCCUAGUCUUCGUAUAAAGCAAGACCUAGAACUGAAACGGGAUUUAGAUGGCAUUGAGCAUGAUGUAAGUUUUCACUUCAAUCAUGCAUUGUGCAUGAAGUACUGUAUGAAUAUCAUGAAAUGCUUUGGGUGCAGUAAAUUCCAGUGACCAUAAAUGAUGAAACAUUAAAACCGAGGAUAUUAGCACUUCUCCAGAAUUUUUAUAAUAUUUCAAUUGACUGUAGGUAUAUUGUUCUGUUGUGUGUAAUGGUAUUUGAAUGAAACUUGUAGGAAACAUAAGUUUAUUAACUGUAACACAUGGUAAUUUUAUUGUACAUGUAAAUAAUAAAUGUCUCAAAUUUGUUCAUGGAACAAAUGUACCUAAUAAGA